UUAACGAUGGUUGGUUGUAGUUGUCAAAAGCUACCACAAAAUUUCAAGUUCGGAGCUGCCACCGCAGCUUAUCAGAUCGAAGGAGGCUGGAAAGCGGAUGGUAAAGGCAAAAGCGUUUGGGAUGAAUUUGUGCACACACAUAAGGACGCCAUUGAAGACCGUACAAAUGGUGAUGUAGCUGCCGACUCUUAUCAUUUGUGGAGAGAAGAUGUUAGAAUAGCUUCUCAGUUGGGAUUGGAUCAUUACAGGUUUUCGAUAUCUUGGUCGAGAAUCUUGCCAAGUGGUCUUCCCAAUAAUGUGAACAAAGCCGGUGUGAAGUAUUAUAGCGAUCUUAUAGAUGAACUUCUAAGGCAGGGCAUUGAACCUGUGGUCACAAUGUAUCAUUUUGACUUGCCUCUAACUUUACAAAGCUUGGGUGGCUGGACGAAUCCCCUAAUAGUUGACUGGUUUUCCGACUACGCAAAAGUUUUGUACUCUCUAUUCGCUGAUAGAGUAAAAACAUGGAUAACAAUGAAUGAAGCAGUUGUACUUUGUGAUAUGAUAUUUAACACAGGAUCUUUGGCACCUGGUAUUAAAGAGGAGGAAUUAGCCCCUUUUCUUUGCAAUAAGUAUUUGUUAUUGGCACACGCUAAAGCGUAUAGGAUCUAUGAAAGGGAGUACAAGAAUAAAUAUCACGGUAGAAUUUCCUUAGCAAAUAACAUCAUCUGGAUAGAACCAUACAAACAUCCACGCGAUAAAGAGUUGGCGAAACUCGGUUUAGAUUUUAUGAUUGGACGAUACUCGCAUCCUAUAUACUCUAAGGAAGGGGGGUGGCCUCCAACUGUCGAAAAGAUAUUGCUUGAAUACAGCUUAAAACAAGGCUAUAACUAUUCUCGAUUACCCUCAUUUACUGAAGAAGAGAAGAAAUUAUUAAAAGGUUCAGCAGAUUUCUACGCCGUCAACUAUUACACAACAUACGUGAUAAGACCGGCGAAAAAGGGCGAAAGGGGGUUCUGGUUCCUGACCGGUUCACCCGAAUUGGACGCCAUGAUGGAGAAACCGGCGUACGCUGAGCCUAGUGCGGGUGUGAUAAUGCCGGUAUACCCAAAAGGGCUGAGACAAACGUUAUCAUACCUUAAGAAGAACUACGGUGACAUUGAUAUAAUGAUAACAGAGAACGGUUACGCGGGGAAGCAUCAAAUGUAUGACCAUGUCCGACUUAAAUUUAUUAAGGAUCAUUUGACAGAGGUAUAUUUGGCUAUAAAUGAAGACAAAGUGAAUGUCAUCGGCUACACUUACUGGGCUCUGAUGGAUAAUUUCGAGUGGAACAGCGGGUACUCAGUCGCAUUUGGCCUAUAUGCUAUAAACCAUGACGAUCCAAAGAAAAUUAGAUCCCCUCGCUUAUCAUCUCAAUACUACGCUUGCGUGAUCAAAACGCAUGAAAUAAAUGUCUCUGACCAAUGUAUUAACGAAAAUAUUGAUAAACUACAUUUACCUCAUUAUCAUAGCUUUACUAAUAGAAUUAGUGCUUCUAAAACUGUGAUAGUAGUUUUGUUUUUAGGUUUUAUGUAUAUUUAUUAUUAUAGAUAAUAUUUAAAACUAUAGGUAUAUAAGUAAUAUUAGGUAAUUACUACGAAGUAAGUUAAGAUUGUAUAACUUUCGUUUUAGUAAGCUGUAAUGUUAUAUUAAAAUAAAUAUUAAAUGUGAA